CCAAGCGACAGUAUUUGCCAGAGUAGAACCUCCUCGUCUCCGGGUACUUAAUCACAUGUUGGAGGGUGGAAAAUCGUAGCUCAAUGUCCCAUACAUACCAAACAAAGUGAUGGCUCGGGCACUCUGCAAAAGUACAGACGCUUAUGGUAAAGACGCAGAGAGAGAGGCAGAAGUUAUUUCUCGCAGAUCCAACGCAGGAGCAUCUCUCAAAUAGUCCAAGAAGGGAAGAUUAGCGAUGCCGGAGAACACAUCCCCGGUGUCUCCACCAUAUAGUUUAUGUCAUAAUUUGUUUGUUUUUCACGCGCAGAUUGUUAGUUUUACUGAGUGAGUUCCGCGUAAAUUCCGCGUAAUAUAUACAAUGGUUAUAAAUGGGUCUCAUCUGAACAGCUCUCAGGACCCCAAUGGCCACGCACUGAAUCGCCCACCGUGGGUCACUACAACUUUGGGCUGCUUCCUCAUAUUCACCAUCGUAGUUGACAUCUUGGGCAACCUUUUGGUAAUUUUCUCGGUGUAUCGGAACAAGAAGCUGCGAAACGCAGGCAACAUCUUCGUGGUGAGCCUGGCGGUGGCGGACCUGGUGGUGGCCAUCUACCCCUACCCACUGGUGCUCUCCUCCAUCUUCCACAAUGGCUGGAACCUGGGCUACGUGCACUGCCAGAUCAGCGGCUUCCUCAUGGGCCUCAGCGUCAUCGGCUCCAUCUUCAACAUCACCGGCAUCGCCGUCAACCGCUACUGCUACAUCUGCCACAGCCUCAAGUACGACAAGGUGUACAGCGACAAGAACUCGCUGUGCUACGUGCUGCUGAUCUGGGCGCUGACCGUGGUGGCCAUCGUGCCCAACCUGUUCGUGGGCUCGCUGCAGUACGACCCGCGCGUCUACUCGUGCACCUUCGAGCAGUCGGCCAGCUCCGCGUACACCAUCGCCGUGGUCUUCUUCCACUUCAUCCUGCCCAUCAUGAUCGUGUCGUACUGCUACCUGCGCAUCUGGAUCCUGGUCAUCCAGGUGCGGCGGCGGGUGAAGCCCGACAACCGGCCCAAGCUGACGCCGCACGACGUGCGCAACUUUGUCACCAUGUUCGUGGUGUUUGUGCUGUUCGCCGUGUGCUGGGCGCCACUCAACCUCAUCGGGCUGGCCGUGGCCAUCAACCCGGACGGCGUGGUGCCCCUUAUCCCCGAGUGGCUCUUUGUGGCCAGCUACUUCAUGGCCUACUUCAACAGCUGCCUUAACGCCAUUGUGUACGGCGUGCUCAAUCAGAACUUCCGGCGCGAGUACAAGCGGAUCGUGGUGUCCGUGUGCACAGCGCGCAUUUUCUUCUCGGACAGCUCCAACGACGCGGUGGCCGAGAGGCUGAAGAGCAAGCCAUCGCCGCUCAUCACCAACAACAACCGGGUGAAGGUGGACUCGGUCUGAGGCCAUGGACGUCCUGGGUACUGUGGUUGUGUUCUGUGACUCUAAACAGAGGCCACAAGCCCCAACGGAACAACUCUAUGCGAGCGAGAUCUCGCUAGCGGUGGAAGUGAUCAUACAAGGGGUGCACUGUGUGUCUUUUACCAUACACUUUUAUCUCUUCUUUUUUUUCCACUGCCUGCGGUGAAAUAAAUAUACAAAGAUGCCAUUUAGGUUUUUCAUAUUCACUCGAAUUAUGUAAACAUGUCAACAUAUCAUGUUAUCUCUAUUUAUUUUGUAUGAAUUGUUCUGUAGGUAUAUCUAUCUAUAUAUCUAUAUACUAUAUAGAUAUAAAUGCAUAACGAUAUCGAUCUAUAUCUAUGUAUAAAUAUAUUACAUAUCAGGUUUGUUUUACAAAACAACCUUGCUCGUGGUUACUGUCAGAUGUGGGGGUUCGUAAUCAAUAAAGAAUCAAUUAUACAGAAGCACGACAACAUAUUACUCUCAGUGGUGGUCGUGAUAGAGACUGAGUUGUAAGGACUUUGUAUAACGGUGAGACAAUGUUACACUUAAAAGGAACCAACACUGUGGUGCUGUUUUGUGAUGAAAUAAAGUAACUUGUUAGGUGGAAUAAAUAAAUGUCAGAAGAAACAAAUUAA